AAUCUCAAUUCCCCUUAACUUACAGAGUUGAAAAUGGAGGGAAAUUGAAUCAAUGAAGAUGGAAGAAGAAGAAAGAAAACAACUCUGUUUGGAGUGCCUUCAUCGUCGAAUAAAAUCGGAUUUUUCUGAUCAACUGAUUUUUUCUUAUGGCUUCUCUCAUUCUCCUCUCCCCUUCGCCUUCUCUGCCGUUGUUCAGAUGGCGAAUUCUAGUGGUGAGCCUUCUUCCGCUUCUCAGUUCAUUCUGGUGUAUAUCCCCAGCCAUCAAGGAGAUUGUCUCACCAAAUACGUUGAUGAAUAUGUUUUGGAAAAUCGAGGUGUUGAUGAUGACCUAACCACUUCACAGAAUUUGUUAUCGGGUAGAACUCAUAAUUUGUCCGAUGGGGGUGGAAAUUUUUCCAUGGAUGGGGUAGGAUAUGGAACUUUGAUUUGUAACCAUUCUAGGAGAUUCUCUUGCUUAAGAACAAUCACUGCAUUGUUUCCAGUUGCUCAGGUUGGUAUUUGUUCUUACUCUGCCUUGGAAGAGUUUACUUUUGACUUCUUGUCUGGGAAUCUUGAGGAUCAUGUGUUGUGCUCUCUCAGUCUCCUCAUUGAAGGGAAAGCUUCAGGGCGAGAUAGUGUAAAUUUCUUAAAUCUAAUUGGUAUACCAUCAUUUGAUGAGAGUAGCAUCCCUGGUUGCCUGAGGCAUCCAAACAUAUCUCCGGUGAUUGGGUUGAUUAAAACAUCUGGUCAUAUUAAUUUAGUGCUUCCAAAAACUCCAUAUACCUUGGAAAAUAUUCUUCAUUUUAGCCCCAGUGCUUUAAAAUCUGAGUGGCAUAUAAGGUUUUUAAUGUAUCAGUUGCUGUCUGCCAUAGCUUAUUUGCAUGGUUUAGGUGUUGCCCAUGGCAAUAUAUGUCCAUCCUAUGUAAUGUUGACUGAAUCCUGCUGGUCUUGGCUGUGUGUUUAUAAUAAGCCUUUGUUUGGAUUCAAUUUAAGUUCAAGAGAGGGCAGAUGCACAACUUCCACUUCCUCAAUUAUGGGUUGCUGCAUUGAGGGUUGUUCUUCUCAAGGACUUUAUGCUGAUUUGAAGCUUUCGCCACCUAUGGACUGGCACACUCAGUUUGACCGAUGGUGGAGAGGAGAGUUGAGUAAUUUUGAGUAUCUACUAUUCUUAAAUAAAUUAGCUGGAAGAAGGUGGGGGGACUACACAUUUCAUACCGUAAUGCCAUGGGUAAUAGAUUUUAGCAUGAAACCUGAGGAGAAUUCUGACUCAGGAUGGCGGGAUUUAAGCAAAAGCAAAUGGAGGUUAGCAAAAGGAGAUGAGCAGUUGGACUUCACCUAUUCAACUUCUGAAAUUCCACAUCAUGUAUCAGAUGAGUGCCUUUCGGAACUGGCUGUAUGCAGUUAUAAAGCCAGGAGGCUACCUUUGAGUGUUUUGCGUACAGCUGUGCGUUCUGUUUAUGAACCGAAUGAGUAUCCUUCUACUAUGCAAAGACUUUACCAGUGGACUCCUGAUGAGUGCAUCCCAGAAUUUUUCUGUGAUCCCCAAAUUUUUUAUUCUGUACACUCUGGUAUGACUGAUUUGGCUGUACCUUCAUGGGUUGGUAGUCCUAAGGAAUUUAUAAAAUUGCAUCGAGAAGCUUUAGAAAGCCAUCGGGUCUCAAGCCAAAUUCAUAAUUGGAUAGAUAUCACCUUUGGGUACAAAAUGUCAGGGCAGGCAGCUGUUGCUGCCAAGAACGUUAUGCUGCCUUCAUCUGAGCCAACAAAGCCAAAGUCAGUUGGACGCCGUCAGCUUUUCACUCUACCACACCCUGUACGUCAAACCACAACCUGGAAGAAACUGUCUAGUAACGGUGAAACAGCUAGAUCCAGGUGCCAAGUUAAUAAAGUGGAUAAUGAAAAUUCUGCUCUCUUUCAAGUUGCCAAUUUACAAGAAUUAGAAGACGCAUCUGCUUUUUCUGAACAUGCUCGACAUUUGAGUCCUCUGUAUUAUUACCAUCAAGAUGACUCUGCAAUGCACAUCUCCCCAGAAAAAGGUUUUUCACGUGACAGUGUCAGAGGAAGUUUUUCCAGUUCAUUUGGCGUUGGCAAUCAACAUGUGGUGCCAUCUGAUAUCAAUUUGGAUUAUCUUCUUGAGCAUAUUGAAGCUGAAGACGCAGCUUCCAUGGAAUAUCAGGAGUUACUUCUUUGGAGGGAGAAGUCAUCUCAUUCAAGGACUUUAUCUGAAGAUAUUGCGAAGGAUAUAUUUUCAAUUGGUUGUCUCUUGGCAGAACUUCAUUUGCAAAGGCCACUUUUUGAUUCAACUUCAUUGACAAUAUACUUGGAAAGUGGUGUCUUUCCUGGUGUGUUGCAGGAACUUCCUCCUCAAACAAAAAUACUUGUUGAAGCAUGUAUUGAAAAAGACUGGACAAGGAGACCAUCUGCCAAAAGUCUUCUGGAAUCUCCACAUUUUCCCACAACAGUCAAGUCAUCCUACUUGUUUAUUGCCCCACUUCAGCUCAUAGCAAAAGAUGGAUCUCGGCUUUGUUAUGCUGCAAAUUUUGCAAAACAAGGAGCCUUGAAAGCAAUGGGAUCAUUUGCAGCUGAAAUGUGUGUUCCCUACUGUUUACCUCUUGUAGUGACUCCUCUAUCGGAUACUGAAGCUGAAUGGGCUUACAUACUGCUGAAAGAGUUCAUAAAAUGCUUGACACUAAAAGCUGUGGAGACAAUGAUUUUACCUGCUAUCCAGAAAAUUUUACAGACAACAGGUUAUUCACAUUUGAAGGUUUCUCUUCUUCAAGACUCAUUUGUGCGAGAGAUAUGGAAUAGGGUUGGUAAGCAAGCAUAUCUGGAAACAAUACAUCCUCUGGUCAUAUCAAAUUUGUAUUUUGCUCCUCAUAAAAUCUCGGCUUCUGCUGCUUCUGUGCUGCUUAUUGGCUCUAGUGAAGAGCUCGGUGUACCGAUAACAGUUCAUCAGACAAUCCUUCCUCUAAUUCAAUGCUUUGGGAGAGGAAUCUGUCCUGAUGGAAUUGAUGUGCUGGUUAGAAUUGGUGGCCUUUUGGGGGAGAUUUUUAUUGUCAGACAAAUGCUACCACUGCUAAAACAUGUUGCUCGUUCCUUUAUUAAUGUUUCAUACACAAAUAAGUCUGAGCCAAUACAGAGCUGGGGAACUUUAUCCCUUAUCGAUUGUCUGAUGACACUAGAUGGUCUAGUUGCCUUCUUGCCAAGAGAGGUUGUUGUAAAGGAGCUUAUUGAGGAUCAAAGCUGCCUGUAUGUUACAGUUCUUCUGCAUACAAGUUUGGAAAUUACGGUGCUUCAGGUUGCUGCUACUAGUCUCAUGACAAUUUGUCAGCGGAUUGGACCAGAGCUGACGGCAUUGCAUGUUCUUCCACGACUAAAGGAACUAUUUGAUGAGCUUGCUUUCUCACAGGAAACUGCCAAUAGUUCUGGUUCUCUUGGAAGAAGCUUGAAGAUUCCCAAAACAAAAGUUGAUGGGGAGUCUCAAAUUGAAAGCCGGAUGGAUCUUGUGUUGCUUCUUUAUCCUUCUUUUGCAUCUCUUCUUGGGAUUGAAAAACUUCGGCAGUGUUGUGCCACAUGGUUACUUCUUGAGCAGUUUCUUCUACGGUGUCAUAAUUGGAAGUGGGAAAAUGCAGGAGAAUCAUCUCGAAUUGGUUCAGAGACUAUAGCUUCUAAAAGGCCUUUAAUGAGUAGUGGCUCAAGCUCUGAGUAUAAUCCAGCCAAACUUUUGCUUAAUGGGGUUGGGUGGUCAAUCCCACAAUCCCAAGGAAGUAGAAGUGCCAAAAACUUGAUGCCUCAAAGAUGGGUUUAUGAUGUUCAUCAGAGAUCAGUUCAAAGGCAUGAAGUGACCUCUAACCUAAUGAAACUUGAACCCUGGUUUUGGUUCCCUAAUCCAGUUGCUAGUUGGGAUGGGCCAGACUUUGUUGGGCGUGUAGGGAGUUUGAAAGAUGAAUUUACAUGGAAGAUCAGGGCAUCUGUUAUAUCCUCAGUCCGUGCACAUCAUGGAGCCUUAAGAUCUUUAGCUGUUUGCCGAGAUGAGUGUACAGUUUUCACUGCAGGCAUUGGUCCAGGAUUCAAAGGAACUGUUCAAAAGUGGGAACUGACAAGAAUUAAUUGCGUAUUGGGCUAUUAUGGUCAUGAGGAGGUUGUAAACGACAUUUGUGUCUUAUCAUCCAGUGGAAGGAUAGCAUCUUGUGAUGGAACUGUACAUGUUUGGAAUAGCCAAACGGGGAAGCUUUUAUCAGUAUUUGCUGAACCAUCCAUGGAUUCUGCUCAUCUUGGAAGUCCGUUAUCUCCUGUUUCAAAGAUUAAUGCUGAUCAGGCCAAUAUGCUGAAUUCCAAUACUUUAUCAAGUGGAAUAUUGACUAGUACAUUCGAUGGGAGCUUAUACACUUGUUUGCAUCAUUUAGAAUCUGUUGAAAGGCUUGUAGUUGGCACUGGAAAUGGUUCUCUCAGAUUUAUUGAUAUUGCCCAAGGCCAAAAGCUUCAUUUAUGGAGGGGUGAAUCUACUGAAUCAGGUUUUCCUUCUCUCGUCUCUGCAAUUUGCUCAUGUGGGUCUGGCACAAUGCAAGCUGGUGGAGCCAUUACUUCAUCAUCGUGGAUUGCAGCAGGAUUGAGUUCUGGCCAAUGUAGGUUAUUUGAUGUUAGGAGUGGAAAUGUUAUUGCCUCUUGGAAGGCUCAUGAUGGAUAUGUGACAAAGUUGGCUGCACCCAAGGACCAUUUGCUUGUUUCUAGCUCCCUCGACAAGACUUUGCGGAUUUGGGACUUGAGAAGGAAUUGGCCAUCACAACCCAUUGUUUUUAAAGGACAUACAGAUGGAAUAUCUGGUUUCUCUGCAUGGGGCCAGGAUGUUAUUUCAAUUUCCAAAAAUAAGAUUGGACUUUCCUCUUUAUCUAAAUCUGCCGAUGAAGAUAGGGAGUAUCGAAUUUUACCGCACAAACUCUAUAUGGCAGAUCAUGGAACGAAAAACUUGUCUGUGUUGUCGAGCAUAAGUAUUCUACCCUUCUCGCGAUUGUUUCUUGUCGGAACAGAAGAUGGUUAUCUAAGAAUCUGUUGUUAGAAAUGCCUUGAUUGGUCAAACUUUAAGCAGGAACAUGGAAGAUAAAUGGAGAGGACAAGACUCAAGAGGGAUCAAAUUUUAUUUCGAGCACAUACUAUUGUUUAGUUAAAGGUGGAGAGAAAUGGACGUAAAUAAGAAUGUACAAAUAGGCUCAGUGUAUGAUUCUUAGACAAAAUUAUUUUAUGCAUCUUCCUCGCAUCAACAAGAUUGUAAGAGAAAAAAAUGUAAUAUCAACUCACCUUUUUUGAUA